AUGAACCCAAAUUCACCAGGUCACGACUCACUAGAAUCAGACAUUGAAAUGAUUGAUGUCCGUGAGGCUACGUCGCCGCCGAAACUCCACCAGAACGGUCACAUUCACCCAGAUCCUGAAUGGGACGACGAUGACGAGACUUUGCCGAAUGACGAUGGGAGUAGAGGACUGUUGAGCGGGAAUGCUGAGAGGACGCGGUUUGAGACGAAGUCUGUGAAGAAAUGGCCCCAGGUGAAGAGUAUUGUCGUCGAGAGUGCCCCGGCACUCCUUAUGACGACGGUCAGUCUGUUAUUUACAGGGAAAUUGUUGGAUAAAGUAUCACACUGGCGCGCUAUGCAAGAAGUCGACCAACUCAUCAUGAUCAUUCCCGUCGUAUUAAACCUCAAUGGCAAUCUAGAGAUGAAUCUUUCUGCUCGCUUAGGCACUGCUGCCAACAUUGGCGAACUAGACGACCCCACAGUCAGGCGGUCCAUGAUAAUGGGUAGUUUGGCUCUUCUUCAAGUGCAAACUGUCUCGGUUUCAUUCAUUGCGGCUUGCAUUGCCCUUGUUCUGGGUCGUUUCGUUCCACAUAACGGGCCUGAAAAUGCGCCAUCUUUGUCCAACAAUUCCACGACCACCGUGGUCCGCGAUCUGGCAACGUUUUCAUUGGAGCACGUAGUUCGAGACGUGGAAGUUGGCCGAAAAUCCGGAAUCCCAACAUUGAUUAUGGUGGCGGCGACUACGAUGGCUGCAGCGGCACUUUCGGGGGUUAUUCUCGGUUCAUUUAUGUGUACCCUCAUCGUACUGUGCCGAAAGUUUGACCGGGACCCAGACAAUAUAGCACCCGCCGUGGCAUCCUGCUUGGGAGAUUUGGUUACCCUCGUUCUUGUGGGAUUUGUUUCCACUCUGCUUAUACCCUUCAUCCGCACUCCAAUACCCUUCAUCGUCGCAUGUCUUGUCCUCGGCAUUGCCAUCAGCUGCUUUAUUUACGUCCUGAAAAAUGAGCGUGUGCGCCCGCUGUUAAAAGAAGGGUGGUCCCCUUUAUUUGGCGCUAUGGCUAUUAGCAGCGGCACUGGUAUCGUGUUGGACAUGUUCGUCAGCCGGUACGAAGGUUUCGCCGUUCUAGCCAUUGUGAUAUCAGGACUUCCAGGGGCUGCAGGUUCAAUCUUAGUUUCGAGACUGUCGACAGCUCUUCACGCAGCAAAAUUGGCAUUAAACAAUGCUCUUCCAUCAUACUCCACACCCCAUAAACAUCCAGAACCUAGUCCCCUUCUCACUAUGGUCACCCUACUCCUCAUCACGCUACCCGUAGAAGUCGUAUUCCUAUCCGUUUUAGAUGGCCUAGGUUGGCUUAACCUUCCGAUAUUGUCUUUGCAUCGCUAA